AUGUUCCCCAGUAUGCCUUUCCCGUUAAACGACUUGCUGUAUGAUGACGAGCUCGAACAUUUCGCCCUUAUGUACGCUCUCCUAUUCGAAGAAUACGAGGAAGAUGAAGGCGAUGAGGACGAUGAAGGUGGUGAAGAACACGGAGGCGAUGAGGACGAUGAGGAAGAUGGAGAUGAGGAGCAUGAUGAGGAUAUGAAUGCAUGUAUCUUGUAG